AUGAUCGAGGAUCUCCGCGACCGUCUGCUGACUCACCGGCCGCUGACCCCGCCUCUCCAGGGCGUCGGGUUCCGCUACGGCUGCAACACCACCGUGUUACAGCCCUGGGUGGACUACUGGGCGAACGAGUACAACUUCACCCAGCGAGCGGAGUACUUCAACCAGUUCCCGCACUACAAGACCAACAUCCAGGGUCUGGAUAUACACUUCAUCCAUGUAAAGCCAGAUGAUUCCAAAUGUGCGGGUGUCUCCGACAAAAUAGUUUUGCCGCUGCUACUGCUUCACGGUCGGCCAGGUUCUGUUCGGGAAUUCUACGACGCCAUCCCUGGAUUGAGCUGUCCGUACCAAAAAUAUCCGUUUGUGUUCGAGAUCAUUGCACCGAGUUUGCCUGCGUUUGGAUUUUCCGAUGCACCAGUCAGACGUGGAAUGGCGCCACCCCAGAUUGCAGUAAUCUUCAAAAACCUGAUGGCAAGACUCGGCCACGACAAGUUCUACAUCCAGGGCGGUGACUGGGGCUCCAUCAUCGGUAGCGCCAUCUCCACACUCUACCCCGACAACGUGCUGGGUUUCCAUUCCAACUUGCUGUUGAUGCAGAACAGUUGCGCGGAGACCAAAACUUUAGCCAGAGCCAUGGUCGCCUCCACGCAGCUGACUUCAGGGGAGGCUGCCAAGAUUCCAAAUCUCACGAAUAUAAUAGAGGAGACUGGUUACAUACAUGAACAAGCCACGAAACCAGAAACUCUGGGAGCCAGUCUAUCGGACUCCGCCGUUGGGUUCCUGUGUUACAUGUUGGAGAAGUUCUCCACGGGCACGAAGCUGGAGCACCGCGACCUGCCCGACGGCGGCCUCUCCUACCGCUUCUCCAAGGACGAGCUGCUGGACAACAUGAUGGCGUACUGGAGCACCAACACCAUCACCACUUCCAUGAGAAUAUACGGCGAGUUCUUCAGCAACAAGAAUCGCGCCUUGGCCAUUGACGACUUCCCAACACCAGUGCCAGUGUGGAGCUGCCAAGCUGCCAACGAGUUCCUUGGCAUGACCAAGAGCAAGCUAAAGUACCCCCACCUUCGCGGAGUUACCUUACUCGACGAUGGAGGUCACUUCUUGGCAUUCGAGUUGCCGAAACUUUUCAUCGACAAUGUCUUCCUUGGGAUGCAGGCCAUCUUGGAUUACCGGAACACAAAAACGGAAUUGUAAUUGUUGUUUAAAAUA